AGAGAGUUUACAGAGAAACAAACUCAUGGAUUCAGUUCCUACUCUUCAUCUCUUGCUCUCCUUCCUCAUCUUCUCCUCUUUCAACAGCAGUUUACUCAUCAAAGCAUCUGAUUCAAUCUCAAGAGGGCAGUUUCUCUCUGGCAACAAUACCAUAACCUCCAAAGGUGCAAAAUUUGAGCUUGGCUUCUUCAAACCAGGUUCCUCUAAAAACUACUACAUAGGCAUCUGGUACAAAAACAUCCCAGUCCAAACCAUCAUCUGGGUUGCAAACAGAGAAACCCCAGUUACCAAUCCUUCAACUUCAAAGCUCAAAUUUUCAAAAACUGGCAAUUUAGCCCUCUACAAUAACAGCUCAAGCACCCCAGUUUGGUCAUCCAAUUCAUCUUCCUCCACUCCAGAAUCAAUCUCUGCCGUCCUUCUUGAUACUGGAAAUCUAGUACUAAUCAACGGGUCAGACUCUGAUUCGUAUCUCUGGCAGAGUUUCGAUCACCCAACCGAUACUUGGAUGCCUGGGGGCUGGCUCGGUGUGAACAAGAUCACCAGAGAGUAUCAGAGCCUGACAUCUUGGAAAAACCCUGAUGACCCUGCACCGGGAUUGUUUGCUCAGAGUAUGGACCCUGAUGGAUCUAAUCAGUAUGUUAUACUCUGGAAUGGGUCUGAAAUAUAUUGGACUAGUGGUCUCUGGAAUGGCCAGUUCUUUAGCAAUGUCCCCGGAACUAAAGAACAUACAGUUUUCAAUUUCAGUUUUAUUGAUAAUAGCAAGCGAAAGUUUGCGACUUAUACAAUUUUGGCGAACUCGGUGAUUACAAGAUGUGUUAUGGAUUCAACUGGGCAAGUUUUACAAUGGUACUGGCUUAAGGAACAGUGGCAACCUGUAUUCACUCAGCCACUGCAUCAUUGUGAUGUUUACUCUUUGUGUGGGCCUUUUGGUGUGUGUGAUGAGAAAAGCUCGAGUAUUUGUCGGUGUUCUGAUGGAUUUCACCCAGCAAAUGAUCGAGAUUGGGAACUGAAUGAUUGGACUCUGGGGUGUUCAAGGAAAUCCCGGUUGCAGUGUGGAGACAAAGACGGGUUUUUGGAGAUGGCUAAUGUGAAAUUGCCUGCAGAUCGAGAGAAUUUGAUGGUUCAUAGUAGCAAAGAAUGCGAAUCCAAAUGCAUGAACAAUUGUUCUUGCAAUGCUUAUGCUUAUGAUAGCGGUGGUUGCUCGAUUUGGAAGGGCGAUCUUCGAAAUCUUCAGCAAUUGCAUGAUGGGGAUAUCGGAGGUAGUACUCUUUUUAUUCGUCUUUUAGCUACUGAUAUCCCGACUUCAGGAAAUUCACAUCACAACGCAAUACCACUUAUCCUCGGUGUGGUAUUUGGUGUUAUUGCAAUCAUCUGUGUUGUGUUUGCGCUAGCUUUCGUUUAUCGCAGGAGGAAGCGAGCUCAAGCAUUGAAGCAAGUAGAGGGUUCACUGAUUCAAUUCAGAUUCAGCGAGCUGCAGAGGAUGACCAAGAACUUUUCAGAGAAAUUAGGCAGUGGAGGUUUUGGUACAGUUUUUAAAGGCACAAUGCCAGACUCAACUGCUAUCGCUGUUAAAAAGCUAGAAGGUCUCAGGCAAGGAGAGAAGCAAUUCCGAACAGAAGUAAGCACUCUAGGAGCCGUUCAACAUGUCAAUUUAGUCCGUCUUCGUGGUUUCUGCUACAAAGGCAGUGACAGACUUCUCGUCUAUGAUUACAUGAAAGAAGGAUCAUUAGACUCUCAACUCUUUCGCGAUAAUCCAACAUUUUUAAAUUGGGUGACAAGGUUUCAAAUUAUUCUCGGGACUGCAAGGGGAUUGGCUUACCUCCACGAGAAAUGCAGAGAGUGCAUCGUUCAUUGUGACGUUAAGCCAGACAACAUUCUUUUAGACGAUGGGUUUUGUGCAAAAGUAGCGGAUUUUGGCAUGGCAAAGCUAAUCGGCCGAGAUUUCAGUCGUGUAUUAACAACUAUGAGAGGGACUGUAGGAUAUCUCGCACCUGAAUGGAUUUCGGGAUUACCCAUCACGCCAAAGGUCGAUGUUUACAGCUUUGGAAUGAUGUUGUUUGAGAUUGUUUCAGGUAGAAGGAAUACUAUGCAUGCAGAGGAUGGGAGUUUAAGCUUUUACCCUUCUUGGGCCGCGAGAAAGAUUAUUGAAGGGGAGGUGAUGAGCGUAUUGGAUGAGAGAUUGGAGAAUGUUGCGGAUAUUGACGAACUGAGCAGGGUCUGUAAAGUUGCGGUUUGGUGCAUUCAGGAUUUGGAGGAUCACAGGCCAGCGAUGGGGCAAGUAGUGCAGACACUAGAGGGGGCUCUUGAGGUUAACAUGCCUCCAAUUCCUGUUGCACUGCAGAAUAUUGGACAAGAGCAGGAGCCACUGCAUUACUUUUCGACCUAAUCAAACGGAGGUUUCAGUUUCGUGGCCUCAAGUACCAUAAGGAAUGUUUCGCUGAUAAUGAUAAGUACUUCCUAUGAGGAUGUUAUCAAAUGUGAUAAUCGAUGUAAAGUUUGUAAUAGACGUAGAGAUAUAUGUUAGUAAUGUUACUAUGUGUUGUCCAGUAGUUUUCUACAUAAUAAAACUAGCUUCAAAUCC